UGCCAGUCCUCCUCCACUGACAGCGCCGCGCAAUUACGCGCUAAGAAGGGCCUUCCUCUGCACUCUGGCAGUCAUUCCCUCAAGUGCUGUGAGUGUUGUGUUGUGAGAACCUCAAAUGCAAAGGAUUAGCAACGACCGGUGGUGAUUUUUGUCAUUGAAUUAGCCAUGGUGGUCACCAGCAAGAGCGAGCAGUUGGACUCGAUUUUCGCCGAGCUCGGCGACUUUGGCAGGUACCAGGUCAAGCAAUAUGCCUUCCUCAGCCUGCCGGUCAUGUUUAGCGCGGCAUUCACCAUCAGCUAUGUCUUCACCGCGGGUCAAGUGCCGCAUAGAUGCCUUGUACCCGAGUGUGGCGACUCGUUAAACGCUGAUAGCUCAAAUUUUCAACCACCCUGGCUGCGAGAGGCAGUGCCCUUUGAAGUAGCCUCCAACGCCCCCAGCGCCUGCCUCGCCUACAACCACCUCGAUAAUGCAACAGACACGUGCAAUUUUGAUAAAUCGGCAACGCACGAGUGCUCCGAAUGGAUUUUCAAAGGACCGGAGAACACGAUUCAAAGCGAAUUCAAUCUAGCAUGUUCGAAUGACAUGUGGCGACUGGCGUUUGUGGGCACCCUGAACAAUAUAGGUCGCUUGGUUGGACUCCCUCUCCAUGGUUAUGUUUCAGACAGAUACGGCAGAAAAGCUGCACUGAUAUUCACAAUGCUGGGUUCUGGUAUAUUUGGUGUUUUGCGAUCUUUAUCGUGGAAUUACGAGUCUUUCCUCGCAUUUGAGUUCCUCGAGGCCGCCUUCUCAGGAGGCAUUUAUGCCAUUGCCUUCAUUCUAGGCAUGGAGCUAGUUGGACCAAGUAAAAGAGUAUUGGGAGGAGCGGUUAUUGUUUGGGCUUAUGCUCUCGGACAAGUUUUAUAUGCUCUGAUUGCGUGGGCACUAGGGGACUGGCGCCAAAUCCUCCUCGCAUCAUAUUCACCAGCUUUGCUUUUCGUGUUUUAUAUUUGGUUGAUCCCUGAAUCUGUGAGAUGGCUGAUGUCUCAUGGAAAAUUCAGGGAUGCUCGAAACGUUAUCAAAAGUGCAGCAGCAACAAACCGGGUUCGACUCAGUGAGCCUUUAUUGGGAGAUAUGGAAAAGUGGCAAGAUGGUUCAAAGGAAACAAUUACUGGAGAAGAAGAACAGGGUGAUUCAUUGUGGUCUGCGAUGUGUCAGGUGUUUACUUCUAAGGUUUUAGUUUUGCGACUUGCAAACUGCUAUUUGUGCUGGGUCACCAAUAAUCUGGUCUAUUACGGACUAUCGCUGAACGCAGUGUCACUGGCAGGCACUGAAAACCAAUACCUCAACUUCAUUCUCGUAAGCAUCGUUGAAGCACCCUCGUACAUUUUCGCCUGGCAAGGGAUGACCCGAUUUGGCCGCAGGAAAACUUUGUGCGCGGCGCUGAUUAUCAGCGGCAUCUCCUGUUUCACAAGCCCUUUUGUGCCGGAAGAAAGCAAGUGGAUCAGACUGCCGCUCUACUUGACUGGAAAAUUUGCUAUCACAGCAGCUUUUGACACCCUCUAUAUAUUCACGGCGGAAAUUUUCCCUACCAAAUUGAGAACCAGUCUGCUCGCCUCGUGCUCCAUGGUGGGACGGCUCGGUGCAAUGUUAGCCCCUCAGACCCCCCUACUUGCAAAAAUUUCGCCUUACUUGCCGCUGGAGAUAUUUGGAGCGUCAGCCCUCAUUUCUGGAAUGCUAGCCCUGCUUUUCCCCGAGACACUUGGCAAGUCCUUGCCCGACUCAGUUGAUGAGGCCAAGAAUUUGAAGUCAGAGGAAGCAAAAGUCGAAAAAAACAGUAAACGAGUGGUGCCAAAAGUCAUCCUCACCACUUCGGACGACGACAAAAUGUGAAAAUUUUAAAAAGCAUUUUACCUCAAGUAUUAUAUUUAUAAAUAAGCUCCAAUUUUUAAGUCUGUGUGUACCAAAUCUAGCAUAACUUAUUAUUAAAAAUCAUGUGUGUAUUGCAAGCCAUUCCAAAAGUUAACACUUUUAAUGCAAAGAGGAGCUUUAAGGGAAUAAAAUUUAUUUUUACACUUAGGAUAGCGGAGGUAAAAAUUUAUUAUUAUGCUUAAAAAUAAAUACAUCAUCCUUAAAUG